GAAUCAGGGGCACACAUGCUCCGAUUUCCGAUCGUUUCAAUUCCUAAUCCAAAUAGGUUAUAGGUGUAAUAGUUUAAGACACAGGAGUAGUUCUUUAUAAGAGCGUGGAGGCUUACAAGCAGUGGGACUUGAAAAUCUAGCACUCAGAUUGCAAAUCUGCCUAGGGUUUCGCAAUUCACGAUUUGGGUUUUUGGAUUAUAAUUUAGCUUUGGUGGACUUGAAGUUUUGCACUCUAAUUCUUGUUACUGGAAUUGCUGCAUCCUAAUUAAGGGCCAUGCCUCGUAAAGUGAAAUUUGGAGUUGAUCAUGACGACGAUGAUGAAUAUGACAUGUAUGAUGAUGAUUAUGAUGACUGUGGUGAUGACUAUGAUUAUGAGGACGAUACUCCUCGCGUAGAAGAAAAGGGCGUAGAAUCUAGAACAAAACAUGUCAGUAUUGAUUCAGCCAUAUGGCGUUGCCCCAUAUGUACAUAUGAUAAUGAGGACAACAUGCCUUGUUGUGAUAUAUGUGGAGUUUUUCGUAAUCCUCUGGUGAAAAGUGGUAGCAACAGCAAUAUCAAUUCAGUUGGUGGCAUAUGCAAAGAUUCCGGAGUUUCCGUAAUGGCCAAAUCUCUAUUUGCAUCAUUGCCGCACACAAAAAAGGGUGCAACAAUUCAACCAGAGAAAGUUGAAAUUUUGGCAAAAGAGGACAAUAAUACUUACAAGCCUGGAAACACCAAAGGACUAUUUCAUGAUAUCAAUAAGACCUUUAGCUCUUCAAACUAUUACAAAUUUAAAAAAGCCCCUUUCAAGUUUGAUGUUCCAUCUCCAGAUGACUUAGUAUCCACAGGGAUGCGUUCUUCAAGAUUAGGUUCUAAAGUCGCUGAUAGCAAGUUAUCAACUUCACAAGUUCCUUCAAGAGCUAGGGACUCCAGCAAAAAUAGUUGUGAACCACUGGUAACAACUAAACAAUCUGGCGCCCCAUCAAUUGUUUCAAAAACUAAUAGCAAGAGAGCAGAAAAUGAUGCUCUUACGUCACUUGAGGGAAGGGAGAAAAAAAGUCUAUCAGAUAACCUGAACCAUAUGUCAUUGAAUGUAAACUCUGAAAAGUUGAAGGAUGUAAAUGGUGAAAGGGCUACGUCACAGUCUCAAUAUAAACCUGAGAAAUGGAUGCUGCCUAAUCAGUCAGAAGAUAGCUUAAGUCAACUUAAUCUGGCUAUUGUUGGCCAUGUUGAUUCCGGAAAGUCAACGCUCUCGGGAAGGUUACUACAUCUUUUAGGUCGAAUAUCCCAGAAGCAAAUGCACAAAUAUGAAAAGGAUGCGAAAAAUCAAGGGAAGGGGUCAUUUGCUUAUGCUUGGGCCCUGGAUGAAAGCACUGAAGAGCGUGAAAGGGGAAUAACUAUGACAGUGGCUGUUGCCUAUUUUGAUACAAAAAAGUAUCAUGUUGUGCUGCUUGACUCUCCAGGGCAUAAAGAUUUUAUUCCUAAUAUGAUAUCUGGGGCAACACAAGCAGAUGCUGCAGUUCUUGUUAUAGAUGCCUCACCAGGUUCUUUUGAAGUAGGAAUUGACAGUACUGGAGGACAAACACGGGAGCACGCACAACUUAUUAGAAGUUUUGGUGUUGAUCAAUUAAUAGUUGCAAUUAAUAAGAUGGAUGGCGUGGAAUACUCUAAGGACCGUUUCAACAUGAUCAAACAGCAACUUGGAACAUUUCUCCGCUCUUGUGGUUUUAAGGAUUCUUCCCUGUAUUGGAUUCCAUUAAGUGCAAUAGAAAACCAGAAUUUGGUUGCAUCAGCUUCUGAUGUACGCCUGUCGUCCUGGUAUAACGGACCUUGUCUGUUGGAUACAAUUAAUUCUAUUCAACCUCCUACUAGAGAUUAUUCAAAGCCUCUGCGGAUGCCCAUAUGCGAUUUUAUAAAAUCACAAUCACAAGGACAGGGGUCGGCAAGUGGGAAAUUAGAGGCUGGAGCUCUUCGAAGCGGAUCAAAAGUCUUACUUAUGCCAUCAGGAGAUAUAGGGGUUGUUCGUUCCAUUGAACGUGACUCCCAGCCUUGUGUUGUUGCAAGGGCUGGAGAUAAUGUAGCUCUAAGUUUGCAAGCUAUUGAAGGGAGUCGGGUAAAGACUGGGGAUGUGUUAUGUCAUCCUGAUUUUCCUGUAGCAGUUGCAAAGCAUUUGGAGCUGAAGGUUCUUAUACUGGAUGUCACCACCCCUAUUCUUGCUGGCUCACAGUUGGAGUUUCACGUACAUCAUGCAAAGGAGGCUGCAAGAGUAGUGAAGAUAUUGUCGCUGCUUGAUUCCAAGACCGGAAAAGUGACUAAGAAAGCACCACGAUGUCUACUAUCAAAGCAGAGUGCUGUAGUAGAGGUGGUUACGCAAGAAACAGUUUGCGUCGAGGAGUUUUCAAGUAGUAAGUCUCUGGGGAGGGUGUUCCUAAGAUCAGAAGGAAGAACAGUGGCUGUUGGCGUAAUAACUCGGAUAAUAGAGUAGAGGGUUUUUACCUUGGCUAGAAUACACUUUUCAGAGAGCCAGCAUAGAAUCUUGUAGCGGCGGUGAUAAAGUUUUGGUGGUUAUGUUGUGCCCGGUGAGUGUAUAUUAUGGAAAAGUGAUUUCGGUCUCUAGAAACCUGUAAAAUUGUGUAAUAUCUACAAUUUUGGAACAUGAAAGCAUUGUGCACAAGUUUGAUGCCACUGCUUUAAUUAUGAGCAUAGUAGCUUGAUUGUC